UUUUUUUUUCAUAUAUAAUAAAAACUUGAUUUGUAUUGCCCUUAUUUCCCUUUCUUUUUCUCUCCUCCCCCCCUUUUUUUUUCUUUUUCUUUUGUUAACUUUACCUUGUAAAUAUGUCAAUGGAUAAAUCCGUUUCAAGUAAUAAAAUAAUUGGGCGUAAACGUAAUGAUUGUAAUAAUAAUAAUUGGAAAAGAUUAAAGAAUGAGAGUGAAAUAAUGGAAUAUCCAGCUGGUCCAAUUGAAAUAUAUCCUUCAUGGAAUCCACUUAAUAGAACAGAGAAACCACCUUAUUCUUAUGCAACAAUUAUAGGACACGCUAUAUUGACUAGUAAAGACAGAAAAUUAACUUUACAUGACAUUUAUAUUUGGAUAACCAAACAUUAUCCUUUUUAUUCAAAUGAAAGUCAAGGAUGGCAGAACUCUAUAAGACAUAAUCUAUCUUUACAUAAAGCAUUUGUCAAAAUUGAACGUGAUACUAGUAUUCAAAAUCCUCCUAGAAAAGGUUGUUUCUGGACAAUUAGAAAAGGCAAAGAACAGUUCUUUAUCGAUAAUUUACAAAGACCUUUAAAUAACAUGAAAAGGCAAUCUACUACUACUACAUUAACAAAAAGACAAAGACGUUAUUCUCCUAUGAUUUCUUCUCGUACUACUACAACUAAAAGUAAUUGUAUUCCGGAAUCCGAACUUACUACAGUAUUAUCAUCAUCAUCAGAUCAUCUUUCAUCAUCCUCUUCUUCUGGAUCUCCUACUACUUAUCGACAACUAUUACUUUAUAAUAUACCUGAAACUUCAAUCUCUUAUAACGUUUAUCCUGAACAAACUACACAACAACAAGAAUUAUAUGGCGAAGAUAUCAAAAGUAUCGAUGACAGUAAUCAAAGCUAUUUAACUGAAAGUAGUAGUAGCACAAUAACUCCUUCUUCUUCUUAUCGAUCACAAGAUUUACUAUCUCCUUCUUCUUCUUAUCACAAUAUCAUCUAUCCUAGCCCUACUUUAUACUAUAACAACAAAUCAUCAUCAAGAUAUCCAAAUUUCAUGAAUCAUAAUGUCAUAGAUUGGAAUUAUGAUAUUUUACAACAGCAACAACAAUUAUCUAAUAUGAACUAUGAUAACACUGUCAAUUUUAUAUCUAAACCAAAUUCUUAUUUAUUGCAAUUAUCAUCUCGUAAUCAUCAUUCUAAUUCAUUUCAUCGAUAGUAGAUAAAUAUAUAUUAAAAAAAAAAGUUAUAGUUAUAGUUUUUUUUUUCUUCACAGCUUUUUAUAUUAUACAACAACAAUACUAAAAUAUAUACAUGUAUUUAUACAUGCAUAUAUAUAUAUGUAUAUUUAUAUAUUUAUAUAUUUAUAUACAUAUAUAUAUAUUAUAUACAAACACCCAUACGCACACACCCAUACAGACAUACAUACAUGUAUCUUUGCAUUUUAUAUAAUUAUAUGUAUACAUAUAUUUGUAUAAAAAUAAAAUAAAAUAAAAUAAAAAU